AUGUCGGAAACAUCCACACCCCCUCCAGCCCCUCGCCAGACGAUGAGAGAGCGCAGACGGGAGGUUUUGGGCUGGGCAGACGCCUACGACGACUCUCUGACCUUCAAAGACCUGGAAAUAUUCUUCACCAUCCCGGAAGUCAAGGCGUGCGAGACGAUCAAGAUCUGCUACGAGCUUCCAAUCCCCGAUGAGUACCCCGACUCGAUGGAGUUUUCAACUACUUUCGCGGGCAUCAUGGGCCCCUUCACCGCCCUACACAGCGACGUCCUCCGCCACAUCGAAGCCAAGGUGCUAUACGAGGCGAAAAAGAACCACUUUCCCACAAGCAUGUUGGCUGAGAGCAGCGCGUGGCUGGCGGAAUUUGUGGCCUCCAUCAGCACGAGUCUCAGAAGCAUCAAGCUGCUCCUCAUUCAAGGCAAUCAGACAGACCAGCCCGUGUUGUUCAGCUACCGAACUAAGGCUGAAUACUAUAAUUGUGACACCGCGGGCGGGGCGUUGGGCCGUGCAGGCCUAGGGUGGCGGGAAACCAUCACCGUGAGGUCGUCUCUGGACGACCCUCCGGAAGAUCAGGAGUGGAGCGAUGUGUCACAGUUCCUCGUCGUCGUCAAGUUCAGGCAGCGCCGAGGCGGCGUAACGUCUGAGAGUUUGUUGGGGGAGAGGUUGCUGGCGGCAUUGGGGCCUGGUGGCUACAUUCGGGGGGAAUGGUUGUUUAGGGGUUAUUAG